AUGAACACACUCUCAGCUCCCAAAUCUGCUUCCUGUCCGGUGGGACCUGUCCCCUCAAGUGAUCUAGGACCUUUCCAGGGCCAGAGCAACCUGUGGCCAGCAGUGGGCAGUGAGGCCCAGCAGUUUGAGGCCCAGCUGGAGGUGAAACUGGUGACAUCGGGCAGCCCUGUGGUCCUCACCGGAAACCUCAGCCGGCAGGCGGGCAGCCGGUUGGCCUUCUCUGUGUCACUGAGCAACCUGUUGGGUGAGGAGGCCCGCGUGUCAGCGCUGCUGGAGAAGAAGGUGAAGGACGGGCUGCAGGUGGUGUCCCUGGGUGGUGAGCUCUUUGUGCCAGGGCUUGUGGGGCUGCGUGUCCUGGGCCAGCUGCAGCGGCAGGGCCACCUCUGGACCAGCUACCUGAGGAUCAAGUACGGCCUCCGGGGUCAGGCCAAGCAGCUGGCUCAGGAGUGCAGCACCAGCCAGAAGCUAUGGACAGAGAGCGGCUCAGAGGCCUCCUACAAGCUGGAGCUGAACCACGAACUCCACUGCACACAGAUCCCAGCUUUCAGUCACAAGGUCCAGCUGCGGCACGAGGAAGGCUCUGGACACCUGCACUGGGCGCUGGAGGCGAGCUACGGGAAGCACUGGGAUGACAGCCGCAACAGGAGGCGCCUCCGCCUCCUCCACACCUUCCAGAAUGACUCGGGCCCGGCCCUGAGCAAUCACUUCCUGGAGUUUGUGCUGCAGGUGCUGGAGAGGCAGUUGGAUUACCGAAUGCAGCUGCACCACCUGAGCCUCUGCCAUCCGCACGUGGAGACCAGCACACACCUGAAGGUGCAGUACAACGGGCGGCUGCCCUUCGUGGCGGGCUUGCGGUGGAAGGACACGUCCAGGGCUGCCCUGUGGCGGUGGGAAGGAGCCUUGAACCUGAAUAGUCCCUGGCUGAUGGUCUCCAUGGCUCACAGGCUGUACUGGCCUAAUCGAGCCAUGUUCCAGGCUGUGUUGGAGCUGACGCUGGGCAAGGCCUGGACCCUGAAGAAUUUGGUGGUGAACGUGGCCUGCAGGGGCCAGGGCCUCCAGAGGCAGGGCAAGAUCCACGUCUACACCCCAGCUACCACCUACCUUCGGGUUUCCACGGUGACAGCCUUGGCACAGAGCCUCUUUAGCAGCCAGAGUGAAAUAGAAUCAGCCUGGAGCGAAGCGGUGCAGAGCAAGAUUCAUGCUGAGAACAGCCGAGACCGUAAGAUCCUGCACUGCUGGUUGAAGGGCCCACAGCGGGAGCUGAACCUAACGGCAGCCUACAGGCACACGGAGCAGCCAUGGAAGAGUCAUGUAUCGCUGACGGCUCUAGGGACCGGUGCCAGGGGCCAUCCUGAGGGCCUGCAGCUGGAGGGCAGCCUGGAGGAGCUGGUUCGAGACAGGAGCUUGUACCGGAAGCAGGGAACCUUCUUCCUUGUGCACCCCUGGACUGUGCCCCUCCCGCAGCGCAUCCUCCUGCAGGAGACCUUCACGGCCGACAGGCGGCACCAGCGUUACUCCCUGGAGAGCAGGGUGGUCCUGGGUGCCCAGGAGGAGACCCUGCAGACCGUGGUUCUCGGCUACCAGGCCGGGCACCCCUAUGUUGCCACCUUCUCUCAACUGGACGAAGCAAACGGAGAAUUCCGGCCCGAGUUUUCUGUUCUGCUGUCUGCCUAA